UUUAUCACUCAAGCUCCGUAUGAGACUUCAGCAGGCAAACGAAAAUCUGAUGGGGCCUGUCUAUUAAUAAAAUAACAUAGGCCUAUUAAGUGUAUUUACUGCGGCUCCCGUCCCUCAGACAACAUCCAUUUAUGAAAUUCCCGAAUCAGAGCUAUAAACUCCAGUCUAUGGUCAGGGCAUGAUGCAGGAGAUUUGGAGGAGGCAGGAGGAGGACUUGGGUCCAUGCAGCCUCCGGAGAAGGGCGGGGCCACGCGCAGCAGCACCCUGAUCAUUCCGCGCAGCCAUACCACCACCACGCCGACCUCUCCUGUCUCCAGCCCGCGAGAUGGACCUCGGUUCAUCGCCACACUUUCAUCCACACAACGGCUGGCACUGGGAUGAUACAAAGGGGCAAAAGGAUGGAGUCGCGCGGUGAGACACUGUGUAAACGAGGUGCACUCUGAGCGUCAAGCAAGAGCAUCACGCUGCGCUCCGAUGCAGCAGAAAUCGCCAUUGUUUGGAUGCGCAGCAGACUGAAAGAAACAUACAUUGUGCUUUGAGCGUGUUUAACGCAAGGACAUUAUGGCUUCAGUGCUCAUCGUUGCCUUUCAUAUCUACUGGAUUAUUCAGACUAUCCCAGCCUUCUUGGUGACGGUGAAUGAAGAGGGUGUGAUCACGGCAACCCUGGAGCCAUCUGAUCAGCAGGAGAACAUCACGUCUUAUGCGGCUCAGUUCAGUGGAGAGCCACGCAUCAGUGUGGUGCAAUACGUGAACACCAGUGAGCCUCUGCUGUUCAACACCUCUCUCCACGGGGUCUGCUACACUGUGGGACUCCUCACUAGAAGAGGGCAGUACUGGUCUAAACCUAUCAAGACCAUAUCUGUGCUCACAAAGCCUCUUCCUUUGCGGAGUGUACGACUAUCUGAUUAUAAGGAGUCCCCAGAGACAGGUGUGGUGUUUCAGAUUGAGCCUCCUCCCGGCAAUGUUUUUAGCCGCGUCAACAUCAGCUACACAGAAGGACAGGAGAGACGCUUUAUGCUCUACAAAGAUUUCUAUAGAGGAAAGACUGUAUUCAGACAUUGGUUACCAGGAGUGUGUUACCGUAAUAUCACCUUUCAGCUGAUCUCCGAGGCAACCGUGUACCAAAAUACCCUGGUUGCACACAGUGACAUCACUCACACCACACUACAUCACAGGACAGUACCGUUUCCUCCUUUGAACAUAUCUCGUAAAAUAGUCCACCUGAGCCAGGGAGCUCUGCCAAGCCUGACCCCAAAAACUGCCCUGUCUGAUGGGAGCCAGCAGAUCCACAGGCGCCACAGACGAGAGGUCCCAGAGGCUGAGGACCUUCACCACAAUGAGAAUAGUUUAAAUGAACUCUUAACUGUCACCUCUGUUCCCUUCAGUUUGACUCUCAACUUCACAGAGAGUAACAAUAUCAGCACAACUGGAAUAACUGAGGCACCUCCGACUGAAGACCCUGCAUCACUGGACAAAGAGGAGGAGUUUGUCAAUGCACUUGUUCCAGAUUAUGAGGACUCCAAUGAACCAGGCUCAGCUUUGGGUCUACCCCUAGAGCCCUCUGUCAUGUCCACCAAACUGCCGAUCUUACCCAUUCUGCUGGAGUUACGCUGGCUGCCCCCCCGACCUCCCACAGCGUAUGACGGCUUUAACAUCUACAUUUAUAGAGAUGGAAACUCCACAGAAACUGCCACGGUGGAUGAAAACACUCAUGAGUUCUUCACUGAGCUGACGGAGCCUGGGACGUACCAUGUGCAGGUGACGACACUAAGCUCCUAUGGUGAAUGUGAGGCCAGAGAGAGCACCACCGACACGGGCUUCACCUUCUACCUCAGUCCCAGUGGAGAGCUGCUGGAGGAGCUGCGAGAGCGCCCCCAGAUGGUCAGUGUGCGACUCCUGGACUCGAGCACAGCCGCAGUGUCCUGGGCACCCUCCUCUGAGAACCACAAUGGGAGCAUGGUGUCUGUGAUGUCCACCACUUGUCUGAAGCCCAGCCUAAGCCAGCGCAUGGAGAACACCUACUGCAGUGAGGAGAACACGACAAGUGACAUCAUCACUAACCUAAUGCCCGGGGCUCAGUACAGGGUGGUGGUAUACCACACCAACGGGCCGCUCAUCAGCCCUCCGUCUGAACCUGUCAUCAUUGCUAUAGAGCCCACGGGAGUACGUGAGUUGGCUGUUUAUCCACUCAGUCCCACUGCAGUGAUCCUGAGUUGGCAGCGCCCAUACAAUGUCGCCUUUCGGAAAUAUGUACUGCAGACUUUCUUCUUCAACCCAGUCACCCUGACCUCGGAGUGGACCACUUACUAUGAGAUUGCGGCCACUGCUUCUGUCAUUGCUUCUGUGAGAGUGACUGAUCUCCUGCCCGCUUGGUAUUAUAAUUUUCGUGUUUCUAUGGUAACGUGGGGUGACUUGCCGCUUAACUGCUGUGAUAGUUCAGCUGUGAGCUUUGUUACAGCUCCUGAAGCCCCUCACAUCUCUUCAGUGGAUUACUCUCAUGGGGUUUUGUACAUUCGCUGGACAUACGGGGAGCUCUUCAUUGACCUGUCCCACUCCAGGAUGCUGCAUUGGCAGAUUGUGGCUGUUGGGAAGAAAGGUCCAGAGAGAAGCUACUCUAUUGAUGUGACUCGUAAUGUCAUGCGGGCCAGUCUGCCUCUGCCUCCUGGAGACAUCUAUAACUUGACGGUGACGGCAUGCACCGAGCGCAGCAGGAACACCUCUAUGCCCAACAUCAUCAAACUGGAGCCGGCUCCUCCAAAGUCUUUGUACGCUGUGAAUGCCACUCACUUUUCUGUGACUUUGUUGUGGACUGAGGACGGAGUUGUGGACUACUACCAAAUCUACUGCAAACCUAACAAAGCGAGCAAGGAUUUCAAGACCCGUGAGCCUCAAACUGUGAACUCUCACAUGGCAACAGUCUCUGGGUUAAUGCCGUCCUCCACAUACAACUGCACAGUCACCAGCUUCAGCUACAGCACUCCCAGCAAACCUGCCUACAUUACCAUCAAGACCAUUGCCAAAGAAAUGAACCCCAGUGUGGCAGCUAUUUCAGCUCUGGCUGUCCUCAGCAUUCUUCUCAUCAGCCUGCUCGUGCUCUUCCUCCUUGUGCUGCGCAAAAAACAUCUGCACAUGACAAGGGACUGUGGAGCCGAAACCUUUGUCAAUUUCCCCUCAUUCGAAAGAGAUGGAAAACUCCCCUAUAACUGGCGAAGAAGCCUCUUUGCCUUCCUUACCCUUCUGCCAUCCUGCCUUUGGACUGACUAUCUUUUGGCUUUUUAUAUUAAUCCUUGGAGCAAGACAGCUCUAAAGAAACGGAAGUUAACAAGCCCUGUGCAGCUGGAUGACUUUGAUGCCUAUUUCAAAGACAUGUGUAAAGACUCUGCCUACAAGUUCUCUUUGCAGUUUGAGGAACUCAAAAGUGUUGGAUUGGACCUUACCCAUGAUGCCGCUGAUUUGCCUGUUAACAGGCCAAAGAACCGCUACACCAACAUCCUCCCCUAUGAUUUUAGUCGAGUGAAGCUGAUCUCCAUGCACAACGAUGAAGGUUCAGACUACAUAAAUGCCAAUUACAUCCCUGGUUACAAACAUGGGAAGGAAUACAUUGCCACACAGGGUCCAUUACCGGAGACCAGAAAUGAUUUUUGGAAGAUGGUCCUGCAGCAGAAAUCUCCAAUCAUAGUCAUGCUCACACAGUGCAAUGAGAGGCGUAGGGUUAAAUGUGACCACUACUGGCCUUUCACAGAUGAACCAGUCAUGUAUGGAGAAAUCAGUGUGGAGAUGCUCUCUGAAACUGAGUCGCCUGAGUGGACCAUCAGGAAGUUCAGACUGGGAUAUGCAGAUGAGAGUCUUGACGUGCUUCAUCUGAAUUACACGUCGUGGCCAGAUCACGGCGUCCCAACAGUUAAUGCUAUUGAGAGCAUCCUGCAGUUUGUCCACAUUGUCCGUCAGCAGGCCAACAGGACCAAAGACCCCAUUGUUGUCCAUUGCAGUGCUGGAGUCGGAAGGACUGGAACAUUUAUCGCACUGGACCGCCUGAUGCAGCAUAUCCGCGAGCACGAGUUUGUGGACAUCCUGGGGAUGGUCUCUGACAUGAGAUCACACCGCUUGUCCAUGGUGCAGACUGAAGAGCAGUAUGUGUUCAUCCAUCAGUGCGUUUUGCUAAUGUGGCAGAAAAAGAAACAGUCCAUCACUUCUGACGUUAUCUAUGAGAACGCAAGCAAGACAUAAUGAUGGCCUCUCACACAUGUUGCCCAACUUCCUGUGCUUCAGGCAUCCAUUCUGUGCAGAAGAAGAAUUGCUUCAUAAAAAACAAAACAGCAGAAAAUUCCAGAAAUGUAUUUAAAAUCUGUUUUAUGUUGAAUUGAUGUUACCGCAUGGAUAUGGAGCUUUGCCUUAUGAAGCCUUCACUGAUCGCCCAACAUGUUGAACACCAGCCCCUCUCAACUGUGGCACAGCUCUGGGUGUCUCCUCCGUCUGUACUCGUUCAGAAAACUUGAAGUGACAAACAUUUGGAGAAGAGUCAGCUUUCUGCUUUUCUUGGGGGUUUUUUUGUUUUUUUUGUUGUUUGUUUUUUAUCUCAGGAGACGUUGGAAAACCAGCUAGCACACUGGCCCGUCAAGCAUCAACUCUACCCUCUUUUUUGACUUCUGCUUAUCUGGUACAGACACCAUGCAGCAUUCCCAACACGGUGGCCAAUAUGCUACACUGCCACCCUAUAAGGGACUUAAAUGCCAACUAUAGUGUUCAGAACUUGCUAUUGAACUGCCACAACUGCUGCAAUGGUAAAAUCCAGCAAACAAGUGUUCAGUGAAGAACCACACUGUCCAGAGCACAAUAAUUGUGGCACCUUUUAGUUUAACACAAAGCAAGAUUUGGUUGACAACGACAGAUGUUUGGUUUGUCAAAAUGCUGCUUUUUCAUUUUUUCAUUCUACUUCAAAGUCUGAAUGUUUGCUUGGUCUGCACAAGGAAGCUGAGACAAUAGACUGAAACUGAGCAUGUGCUGUUAUAGGCCAGUGUAGACCAUAGAUACUUUAAGGUAGUUUCACUGAGCAGAAGAGACUGUCUGAUUUUCAGACUGAAGAAGGGAAAAGUUUGUGCUGCUGUUAUGACUGUCAAAUGCUGCACAAACAUUUGUUUGGAAAAGAAAGAAUACUUCAAUUUCAAAAGAGAAAUUGAUAAAUCUACCACUGAAGGACUGAACAUAGACUGAGGUGUAUCAAAAAAGGCUGGGCAAUUCCCCUAUUAACAGUAAAUAUUCAGGACUCUCAAAUAUUCUCUGCUUUUGUUACAGAACCACAGUUAGUCAAAGGUUGUAAUGGGCUUACUAUUGCACUUUACAUCACAUCAAACGAAUGUAAACAAAUAUGGAAAUUAAAUAACAUUCAUCAAUUGGAUAUUCAUUAAACAUGAUAAUUGGUACAACCUGCAAAACGGUUAGAAAAAACAUAGUAGUGCCUCAAAGUAAUUCAAGUAAAUAAAUAGGAUGUAAAUUUGAUGUUUAAAUAUUGAUUUUAUUUCGAGAAAGCUUAUAUGAUGUGCCUCUAAUAUUUAUGAAAGAAAAAAGUCAAGUGGCUAAAAUACAUUUGAGGUUGUGUAAGAAAAGCAGUGGAUUUUGAAAGAAAUGCUGUAACCCUUUGUGUAUUGAUGGCGCCACCUGUGGAUAAAUAGCAGUACUGCAUCUGAUUGGCAUGGGUCUGGCUUAUAUCCGUCUUGAACUCCACUGCAAAGUCAGUGGCUCAUGGACAAUUUCUUGUAUUCUUUUUUAUCACUACUCCAGGUUUCAUGUGCAACAAUCGAAUGUCAGUGAGCAGACAGUAGUUGACCUGAUUAAAGGUUACAGGAUGUAGCAUUACAGAGUGUCCUCCAUAAACAAGCUGAUUUUUAUUACUGCUUUUAGCUUUUUUAAAUGUGCCAAUGCAAUGCCCUUAUUUUUACCAGAGUCAUGUCAAAACCCAACUCAGACCCAUAUAUGGUGUAUACUUGAAUUUUGUUUGGAAUUAUAUUUUAACAUUUAUUUUCUGAUUAGAUAUCUGAUUAGAUUAUAUCUGGUUCAAUUUGUGGGGCCAAAAUGUAUCAAAAUGUAAAACUUUUUUUUUUCUUUUUACCAUUCCAGUAUUUUAUCAUCCAGCAAGGUUAAUUUGCGUCUUAAAAGCUGUUGUUUGUCAGUGUUCACAUGAUGUGGCCUUUGUUCCCUUUGGUUGAAUCACCUUUCACUUUGAAAUAUCACAUGUACUGUACAUAUACUGCUAUUCUACUACUAUUCAGUUUCUACUGAUCAUUGCGUAUCAUCCUUCAGUAAUUCUUGUGGAAUGACUUGCUUUUAGAUAUUUUUAUUUGUUGUGUAUGUGAAUCAUUACCUGAGCCAAGCUUUUGGUUAUUUUGACUCUGGUGUUACUGGACUUAUCUGUAGAUGAAGAAAUGCACUUUGUUACAACUGUUGACGAAACACAAGCUGACAAAAAUUGACAGAUCUAAAAUAUUAGCACUGCACAUUCGUUACAUUACUUUGUCUUGCUUCAUGUGUGUCAGUCAAACAUGUCCGUCUUAUUGGUGCCAUUCUUGUGCAUUUUUGUGUCACUUAAAACUCGACGGAUGAUCUGGACUUAUUGUCGCAAAGUUUAGAUGUGCGUGUGUGUGUGUGUGUUUAACUAAAUAAAAUGUUGCAAUUACUUUGAA